UUGAGACACUCGCAAAAAAAAUAAAAAAUAAAAAGACGCUCCUCCUUUCUAGUUUAUUAACCUGUCCCUCAUAUUCUCUGCUCAGAGACCCAUGGCUGCCUCUGAAGUGGCCGUUUCACUGGCGAUAGUCAGACUUCAUGAUCUUCUCUCCAAGUCCAAAGACAUCAUCACCUAUCAAAAGUUAACAGAUCAAAUCUCUGACUCCAUAAGCAAUCUUCAUAGGAUCCUGAACACCAGGGAACACGCCGAGCUCAACGAUGACCGCAACCAAGAAACUCCGGAAGGCGAGGAACGGCUUCUGCAUUUGGCUCGUGGAGCUGAGCAGAUUGCAGAAGUAUUCCUCGUCAAGUUGUUCCGACAUCAGAUGUCAAAAUCGCAAAAGGGUCGAUUCACCAUGGUGUUUGAUUUAGUUCGGUUCUUCACAGAAAUGAACCGAGCACGUGCCAGGAAAAAGAUGGCCAAGAAUUUCAUGAGGGAAGUCAGAUUGUUAUCCAGCAAGUUCGCACCAUCCCGGCCUCCUGCUAAUGAAGGCAUGCCGGAGAAUGAAAGGGCAUCAUCUCCAUCAUCGAACAAGAGGAAUCGAGAAAAUACGAGGCAGAGGCUAGAGUCCGAUAUCGUGGGCCGUGACGAACAUGUAAGAGAGCUUCUUGCCUGGUUGAUCAAUGAUGGCGACUCCAACCUUCGGGUGAUCUCGGUGGUUGGUGAACGAGCCUGUGGCAAGACCGCACUGGUGAGGAGUGUCUUCAGCAAGCUAAAAGUCAAGCAUCACUUCGACUGUCGUGCUUGGGUCCGCUUCACGGACCUUUGGGCAGAGACUGACCGGAUGAAGAACCUCCUAGUGGACAUACUGAAACAGACCCCACUCCGGGAUCGGGCAAAAGACUUGGAGCGCAAGCAAGAGGAGCAGCUGCUCCCGCUGCUUCAUAUAUUGUUGAUGGACCUUAGGUACUUGAUAGUUGUGGAUAAUUUGCAUGAGGCCAGUCUCAUCAACAAGCUCUUGGUCCCAUUCGCUGAUUCGAGUAAAGGAAGCAGAGUAAUUGUCACUACUACAAAUGAAGAAAUGCAAAAGUUUGCAGACCCUUGGACGCCUGAUCUCCGAUUGUUCCCUCACCUGACCAGUACGGAGUGCAAGAAAUUGCUAGUAAGCAUCACGGGAGGAGGUAACUCUAUCGACGAUUCGGAAUCGAAGAUGACCAUCCUCAAGGAGAAAAUUCUAAGCAAAUGCAAUGGUCCUCCCCCAGCGAUCUCACUGCUAGGAGGACUUUUGUCUGCUGCGGAAGUGAGCAAUUGUGAGGCCCUCAUUGAUCGGCUCGGAGAUCGUCCCACCCUUGACGAUAUCGUGAGCUUGAGCUUUGAUGAAUUGCCUUACAUGAUGAAGCCACGUGUUCUUUAUAUGGCUCUCUUUCCUGAGGAGUCCGAGGUCCCCACAAGGAGGCUUUUCCGACAAUGGGCUGCUGAGGGGUUGUUGGCAGAGGCAGCUGCUGAUGGGUCGGUCCGAAUGCGGUCGGCGGAGGACUGUUUUCGCGAAUUAGAGAGCAGGAACUUCAUUCACGUGGUACGGCGGAAACUGGACGGAAGUGCCCGAUCAUGUCGCGUGCCUGCUUUUCUUCAUGAAUUUUUCUGUCGGAAAGCAAAAGAAUCCGGACUUCUUCAGAUCCAGUACAGCCCUGACUCUGUCUCAAGGGAGAUGCGGCGGGGCGGUGGCCCCGUCUCAAAAAAAAAAAACAAGGGGCCGGGGGCUGACGCCGAGCAGAGCGCCCAGAAUCAACAGAAGCAAGCGCAAAACACAGCGACAGGACAUUAUGGUCACCAGGUCCAAUGCCUUCAGUCUUUUGCAUCGUUUAACACCCGUAAGCUAGGGACGCAAGCGAGAGAGAUCGAAGAUCUUCUUAAUUUAGACGGACGCCCAGAUUUGCUGAGGGUACUUGAUCUCGAGGGUGUUUACAAGCCCGUGCUCCCAAAGAACUUUGGAAAUGCACUGGGGAACGUAAGGUAUUUGGGAUUGAGAUGGACCGUUCUGGAUUCGAUUCCGGAAUCAGUCGGGAAUCUGUUGCUCCUGGAAACCUUAGAUCUGAAGCACACCAACAUAACCAAAGUGACAAGCGCCAUUUGGAAUGCAAAGAACCUCCGACAUCUGUACCUGAGCGAAGCAUCGUUCGAUGAGUCCAUCCAACGCCAUAUCUCAUCAGGGAAGUCCCUGACUACUAAACUCGAGACACUGUGGGGUCUAUUCAUAGUCGUCUCGAAUCAUGCUGAGUUCUUAAGUUUUGCCGAUCAAGGAAAUCUGUUUUCUUUUCAGCUAACACUGUUUCGACAGAUUAGAAGGCCGAGAUGA